AUGAAAUUGAUAUUCAUAAUCCCCUUGAUCGGUGUCAGUUUGGCUGCCCGUUUGGAUUCAAAGUAUCUCCCCCCUGGAUACCGAGCUGGAUCGAGGAUUUUUGGAGGACCAUUUGGAUCGACGCCUAGAUUCACUGGAGCUCCUGGUGGUAUAAUUGGAGGUAGAGAUUAUUACUAUGACGGUUACAGAGGUGGUCCUCAAAUACCGAUUUUGAGAUAUGGAAAUGAUCCGAAUCGUGGCGACGGCUCCUAUAAUUACUUCUACGAAACAGGAAACGGUGUAGUAGCCGAAGAAAGAGGUUUCCUGAAACCGCUGGGGCCCGAAGGUACUCAACAAGCUGACGGAGGUUAUUCCUACACGGCUCCAAAUGGCCAGAGAAUCAGUUUACAAUAUACUGCAGAUGAAAACGGAUUUAGACCUGUAGGGGCACAUUUACCGACACCUCCUCCUAUACCAGAUGCUAUUUUACGUUCUUUAGAAAGGAACAGGAACGAAGAAUCACGAGGAGGAUACACAGAUGACGGACAAUACAGACCAGUACUUGAUUACGAUGGGUAUAGAUACUAAAAACCAAGACAAUUUAGUGACAAAGGC